AUGAAUCUCUACAGGAAUUUCGGGAACCUAAUGGAGGCCUGGGUGGCAGAGCAAAGCCCAGACCCGCAGUUGCUGGAGGAUAUUCCCGAAGCAUCUCCCACACAUUCUUCAUUUUCUUCUUCAGGCUGGGAGAAAAAUGUGCGAACCGAAUCUGUGGACUCUGGAGUGGAGACAGCCAGCACUGACACUUUCUUCGCCACCUCGUCAUUGUCCACGGAUAUGGCAGAGAUGGACUCUUUUGCAUCAGGGCAAGGGACUGAAAUGGCGUUUUCGUCAAUGGGAUCGGCUUCGUUGCCCCGUUAUUGGUCCCCACCUGCUUCCUCCCAGCCUACCAGUCCCAGAAGAGUUCAGGGAUCUGCAGUCUUUAACCAAAAAUUGAAGCAAGCCCUCCAGAGAUCAGAAUCCAGGCGACAAUCUGAAGCCCAUGCAUCUGAUCAACACUUUCAAACAGCCUCCCGACGCAGACCCUCCAUACUGAGGUCCGAGAGUUUUGGCUCAUGUAUGACCCCCAACCCAUCAGCACCAUCAUUCCUCGUAUCGGGGAUGGACAAACAGAUGUUGCCUUCGAGAAGUACGAUGGAACUAAUGCAGGACCACAAUGAAGUGGCAUCCACGGGCCUGAGUCCUGGGUUUAAGUACUUGGAGCAGGUGUGCCAGAGGUUGGAGGACUUCGCCAAGGAACAAGGUGCCAAUGGCGGCUACCACUUGGACAGGGCUCAGAGUCAAAUAGAUGAGGAAUGCAACAGCUGUCAAUCAUUGGAGCAGCCGCUUUCUUUUCAUGGUGCCAGGCACGAGUACUACUCCAAGAAGAAACCGCUCAAAGAAUCUCCUUUUGGGCAUUUUCGUCAGCGAUCAGCUUCAGACUCUUCAUCAUCGAUACAUCUACGAAAGUUAAACCUAGGCUUCAAAGGGCAGCAAAUGAGUACAUUCAACUUACUGGACAAGCAAGUUAAUGACGCAAACAUCCAGGAGGACAUCGCACUUAAAGGCAGAAAGAACCGAAAGAUCAAGUUCGUGUCGUUAAAGAGAGGCGACGCCAGCCUCCCAGACCGAAAUAGCCAAAUGACACAGUCUUCUGAAAGAAACCCUACUCGGCGACAGCUAAGCCAACUGUUCAGGAAUAGAUGGAAAACGCUUCCUGCUUCUACCAUACAGUGACACCGCAGGAAAUCUUUGCUAUAAAGGUCGGAGGAUAAUAUACAUAGUGCAUUUCCUACGUUCUUGCUGUAUUACAAUGUUUUGUAACAUACAUUUGUAACAUAUAACACCUUUAUUUACAAAUAUUGAUUUGAUGUGUAAAUACUUGUAGAAUAUAAGCAAUAUUGACUGCAUAUAGUAUUUAUUUUUAUCGUGUUCAUUUGCGCAGCAUGGUGGGGCAGCUGCAGAGCCUUGGCCUAACAGUUUUGAGAACCAGGGUCAAAAAUCCCGUGCCCACGUUUAUGGAAACUCUAAAUUGCUCUUUGAUUUCUUAUUUAACUCAUGCAAUACAUUUUGAUCCAUCCAUCCAUUUUCUGAGCCGCUUAUCCUUACAAGGGUUGCAGGAGUGCUGGAGCCUAUCCUAGCCUGUCAUCAAGCAGUAAAUCACAGGGCACAUAGAGACACAUAACAGUCGCACUCACUAUCACACCUUGGGGCGAUUUAAAGUCUCCAACUUUUGGGGAUGUGGGAGGAAACCGGAGUCCCCGGAGAAAACCACGCAGGCACGGGGAGAACAUGAAAACUCAUCACAGGUGUAGCCAGGAUUUGAACCUUGAUCCUCAGAAGUGGGAGGCCGGCCAGUGCUUACCAGCUGCCAAUACAUUUGAAUUAAAUCAUUAUUUAAAUUUCUUUUUCUUUUAUAUUAAAGUGCUGUUAUUUUUGUAGAAAACUGUUAUAAUGACUUAAAAUAAUACUUUUAAGAAAUAAAACUUUUGUUUUGAUGAACACCAUCA